UCCCGAUUUUGUCCCUUACAGUGUACCAUAGGACGCGACCUUAUCCCACUUCGCUUGGCAUUGAGCAGGUGGGAUUUCCACACUUAUCUUCCAUCGUCCACCCUUCAGUCACGAAGGCAGCACAUGCCCUUCACUUCAGCCCAGUCACACUGCUUGUUGCAACAUCGGAAACAUGGCUUCCAACAUUCCUAAAACUAUGAAGGCACUGGUAAAGAAGAACGAAGAAGAGUCGUAUGCCUAUGAAAGCAUUCCGGUGCCCGAACCAACAGGCGAUGAGGUGCUCAUCAAAGUGGAUUCUGUGGCAAUUUGUGGGUCCGACAUCAACUUGUACAAAUGGAACGACGUGGCACGUGUGAUUGCGACAAUCCCUUUCGUCCCAGGACACGAGUGUGCUGGGACCGUUGUAAAGUGUGGCCCUGAUGCCAAGCUUCCAGUCGGGGCAAAAGUCGGGGUGGAGAAUCACUACUUCUGUGGGUCAUGUCACCAGUGCAAAUACGACAACAGGGCCAUCUGCAGGAAUAUGGGGCAGUUCGGCCAUGGCAAACAGACCCAGCAUGGGGGGUGCUCUGAAUACACGAUCGUCCCCGCUCGCUAUCUGUACGUCUUGAAGAGGAAUCUGUCUGCAGAUGAGAUCGCCCUGCUGGAACCCCUAGGGGUAUCCCAUAAUGCAGUAGAGAAGCUGGAUGUGAAAGGGGAAGAUGUACUUGUCAUUGGCUGUGGUCCUGUGGGACUCCUUGCUAUAGCUUCAGCCAAGGCUCUUGGUGCUAAAAGGAUAACCGGGGCUGAUAUUGACGACUCCAGACUAGAACUGGCUAAAAGCAUGGGCGCCGAGGUCACUGUCAACACUCUCAACACGUCUCUCAAACAGUUUGUAGAGAGCUCCACUGACGGCCUGGGUAUGGGGCGGGUGUGUGAGUGCAGUGGAGCGCCACCUAUGGUCAACAUUAGCUUCUCCCUGCUCAGGAAGGGCGGUCGUAUUGUGAUGGUUGGUCUGCCCAAACAGCCCCUCCACGUCGAGAAUGUUCUGCAGGAUAUAGUGUUCAAGUCGCUGACUCUGAAGACUGUGCACGGGCGGCUCAUCUACCAUACCUGGGGCGAGAUAGAGAACUUAGUCGCAGACGGCAAGAUCGAUGUCAACAAGAUUAUUUCUCAUAAAUUUCCAAUGUCCAAGUUUGAGGAGGCUUUCACGGCUCUGUUCAGUGGCAAAGCGUGCAAAAUUGUCAUUGACCCGAGCAACUGAUUCUAAGCCCCACUCUGUGACCUCACAAGAGCACGAAAUAAUACCCAUACAGAUUUCAUAUUAAAAUAUAUUCAAGAUAACGACAAACAGUCAAGUAUUGUCGAUGUAAAUAAAUACAAUAUUUUCUAAA